UUGCUAAGCGCGGCGCUAUAUUUCAAAGGAAGCAAAUUCAGAGAAUAUUUAUUGUGCUAAAAGAAGUGAAUGCUUAGGCAAAGUUAAUUUAAAAAAGUGGUAAAAAUAUUGAAUAUGAAUACGUCAGCACAAAACUCAUCGAGUGUGCAUCCACCACCAAGAAAAACCAAUCAAAACAUACAAGUUUAUGUGCGAGUUAGGCCAUUGAACAAACGUGAACGAUGCAUCCAUUCAACAGAAAUUGUGGAAGUAGUUUCACCCCGAGAAGUUGUGACUCGUCACACACUGGACUCGAAGUUGACAAAAAAGUUUACAUUUGAUCGCACCUUUGGACCAGAAUCGAAACAAGUCGAUGUUUAUGCAUCUGUGGUGGGACCACUCAUAGAGGAGGUUUUGUCUGGCUACAAUUGCACAGUGUUUGCGUAUGGCCAAACGGGUACGGGUAAAACUCAUACCAUGGUGGGCAAUCAAAGUGCCGAACUAAAGUCAUCGUGGGAAGAUGAUUCUGAUAUUGGCAUAAUACCCCGUGCUUUAUGCCAUCUUUUCGAUGAACUGCGUAUGAUGGAAGUGGAAUUUUCUAUGCGUAUCUCAUACCUUGAGUUGUACAACGAAGAACUUUUCGAUUUACUCUCUACCGAUGACAAUACAAAAAUUCGCAUAUUCGAUGACAGCACCAAAAAGGGUUCAGUUAUAAUACAAGGUCUAGAAGAGAUACCCGUGCAUAGCAAGGAUGAUGUAUACAAACUGUUGGAAAAGGGCCAAGAACGAAGACGCACAGCAUCGACAUUAAUGAAUGCUCAGUCAUCGCGCUCUCAUACUGUAUUCUCCAUCUUGGUGCAUAUUAAAGAAAACAACAUGGAUGGUGAGGAAAUGUUGAAAAUUGGCAAAUUGAAUUUGGUCGAUUUGGCCGGCAGUGAAAAUGUAUCAAAGGCUGGAAAUGAAAAAGCUGUUCGUGUUCGAGAAACGGUCAAUAUCAAUCAGUCUUUGUUGACAUUGGGCAGAGUCAUCACGGCAUUAGUGGAAAGGACACCCCAUAUACCGUAUCGUGAGUCGAAGCUGACGCGUCUCCUGCAAGAGUCUCUGGGUGGUCGUACAAAGACAUCUAUUAUUGCCACCAUAUCUCCCGGCCAUAAGGAUAUCGAAGAGACUCUCAGCACCUUGGAAUAUGCUCAUCGUGCUAAAAACAUACAAAACAAGCCAGAAGUUAAUCAGAAACUUACCAAGAAAACUGUUCUCAAAGAAUACACAGAAGAAAUUGACAAACUCAAACGUGAUCUUAUGGCAGCACGUGACAAAAAUGGUGUCUAUUUGGCCACAGAGACAUACAAUGAAAUGACUUUAAAAAUGGAUUCACAAACCCGGGAACUUAACGAAAAAGUACAUUUGCUUAAAGCCCUCAAAGACGAACUAGCAUCAAAGGAGAAAAUUUUCAAUGAAGUUAGCUUGAAUCUGAUAGAGAAAACUGCCGAAUUACAAAAGAAAGAGGAUCGUUUACAAUCUACCAAGGGAGAUUUAAUUAAGACUAAAAAGUUUUUACACACCACCAAACGACGUUAUAAAGAGAAAAAAGUCUUGCUGGAUUCACAUGUCAAGACUGAAGAAGUAUUGAAAAAUCAGGCCACACAAAUAUUGGAAGUAGCCGAUAUGGCCACUAAAGAUACUGAAGCAUUACAUGAAACCAUUGAUCGCCGCAGGAAUGUGGAUGUACAAAUCCAAACUGCUUGUGAACGUUUUUCAGAACGCAUGCAUGAGAAUUUUGAUCAAAUGGAUGAGAACCUUAAACAAUUUGAGGAAAAGCAUAACAACUUCACCCAUAGUAUAGAAAAUGAAUUGGCCAGCAGUUCAAACAUUCAGUAUGCCCUUAUUGACUCUAGCAGGAUGCAACUAAAGUCCCUAGAGGCGUUAUUGGAAACAUAUCAAGGCAAAAUCACUUCCAUCGGGGAGACUUUCAAAACAUCUUUAGCAAAAUCAGAUGAAGAGCAUCACCAAAACGAUGUCAAGUUCCUUGAGGAAUUAAAAGACAGAGAACGAAAACUGAUAGCACAAUUGAAAGAGAGCUUAGAAGCUCUAGAAUCUUCCAAUGAACAACAACAAGUAGCCUUAAGCAGUAUGCGACACACAAUAAAGGAGAAAUUAACUCAAAACAACACAAAUUUACAACAGCACUCAAAGCGCAUACAGAUCGAAAUGGACGCCAUUAAACAGAAAACCUUGGAAAAUUUACAAGAAUUGGGAAAAAUCACUUCAUCUUUGAAUGAGGAACGUGGCCUUAUAGAGGAGGAGCAAAGACUAAUGGAUGAUUUCCAUAAGAAAAUGUUAGAAUUGCAAAAGAAACGUUCUCUGUGUGGCAAUAAAAUAUCGGCCAAUGUUGAGACCCUCGAAAAGGCUCAACAUUUUGUCAACAACCAGUUGGAGGGCUCAUCCAUUUUAAAACAGGCUUUUCUUGAGAAAGAUGCCAAUACAUUGGAGGAAAAUUGCCAGCUUGUGGAUAAAUUGACCAGUGACAUAGAAUUUUGCAUAGAUCAGAGUGUAGCUAAAUGUUCCACCAUUAACAUACAAGUAGACAACAAAGUGCAAGAGACCACUAAGCUUGUUGACACCAAACUAGAUAACGAUACCGUCCGCCAUGACCAAUUGAAGGGCACCAUGGAACAAUAUGUGUCACAGGUUAAACGCAUUUGCUUAGAGAAUAGUGGAGAACACAAGACCAAAACCGAUGGUAUUCAAGAAACCAUUGAUGCUGACACAAGUCGUAUACGUCGUCACUUAACAUCUGCGAAAAGUUUCAAUUCGAGUUUGGAACAAUAUUUGAAGAAUUAUACAAAGGAGUAUAAAACUCAAAGACAAAUAAGCUCCGAUGACUUGGAAACCUUCCGCAAGAGUGAACUUAAAACGUAUACCGCCACAGGAGCUACACCAUCGAAAAAAGACUUUAAAUAUCCAAGAGUUUUGGUUUCAACUUCACCACAUACGAAUAUUGUAAAACGUUUCCGACAAGAAAAUGAAUGGUCUGACUUGGACAUGACAAUACCGGUGGAUGAGGAAAGUGAACCAGAAGAUUCCAUGCAGUCCAUAUCGGAUACGGAGACAUUAUUGAAUUCAACACCCGUUGAAGCCGAAGAAAUACAACGCAUGCGUGUCUCCUAUGUUACUCAGAGGAAAUCCGAUAGAAAUUCCAAUUCAUUAAAGGUGCCACAGCAGAAUGGACGUCCAGGAUCAUUGUCUGGUGGAAGUUCGCCGCGAAAGCCUUCUUCGAGAACAAAUUCACCAGCAUUCAUAAAGGAAAACAAAGAAAAUAUAGUGUAAAUGAAAGGCAACUAAUUAUAAGAAAAAUUUUAAAAUUUCUUUACUAGCUAUUUUUAAAUUAACUUUUUGUUUUUGUUUUAGAGUUUCUUAAACUAUUUUAUAUGUAUUUGCAAUUGAUUUUAUAUUCAGACUCGUAUGACAUG